AAUAUUGAGGGAAUAAACAUGCUUUCUAUUGUCCAGUUUUUAUUCUUCUAUUUACUUAUGUAGUUAUAUCUCCACCAUCCCUAACAUCUGCAGAAAAAUAGACAGCUGUCUAGGACAAGGGUAGUAAAAAAGUCUAUUGGGGUGACUUGGUGGGGUGCAGAUUUAUUACAAACCGUUAAACAUGCGUAAUAACAAUGAAAGAAUUACAAAGAUUACAUUGUUCUUUCAAGAAUUUGAUUUUAAAUUAAAAAAAAAUUCUGAUAUUAUAAAUAUUAUUCAGCAGCAAUUUAAAACUGCAAUAAUAAAUCACGCGCUGCGCAAUUUUAUAUUACAGAUGAAUUUACGCGCAUAGAUGUCGUCAUGAACUAAUAACGCAUGUUUCAAAUUACAUAGCCCGGCAAAUAACCUCAAAACGUCGCAAAUGACGUUGCUCUAUAUACUGUUGGCAGAAAUUUAGCUAUAUUUCUAACCAGUAUCCACAAUAAUGACAAUGGAUAAUUCGUGGAAUGUGAUCAAAACUGCUGCUGCAGAAAAUAAACACGAGUUGGUGUUGUCAGGCCCUGCGAUUUCUGAAUUAAUUCAAAAACGGGGCUUCGACAAGUCCUUAUUUAACCUACAACAUUUGAAUUAUCUAAAGAUCACGCAGACAUGCUUGCAGGAAAUACCGGAAGAAAUCGGAAAAUUACUGAACUUAACAAACUUAGUAUUAUAUUCGAACGAAAUUUCAAAGAUACCUGAUACAAUUGGAAAAUUGGACAAGUUAAAGUUUCUUGAUUGCUCCAGCAAUAAAUUAGUUUCUUUACCGGAUGAAAUUGGAAAACUUCCACAAUUGACCACAAUGAAUUUGAGUGCAAACCUUUUGAAAUCUUUACCUACACAAAUUGGUAAUACCAAACUGAGUGUCUUGAACAUUUCGAACAAUCAAUUUGAAACGUUCCCUGAUGUUUGUUACCCAGAAUUAACUCAUCUUUCUGAAAUUUAUGUCAAUGGUAAUCAAAUUAAAGAGAUUCCUGCGGCUAUAAACCAACUUUCAUGUUUAAAAAUAUUAAACGUGGCAGAUAAUUUAAUUUCAGUUGUUCCAGGUGAAAUAGCUGAUUGUAAUAAGUUAAAAGAACUGCAGUUGAAAGGAAAUAAGUUAACAGAUAAAAGAUUGUUAAAAUUGGUAGAUCAGUGCCAUAAUAAACAAAUAAUAGAAUAUAUUAAAUUACAUUGCCCUCGAAGUAGUGGUUCUACUAAUGCAAAUACUAAAUCGAAGAAAGGAAAAAAAGCUCAGAAAUUAUCAGAAUCUGAAAACAGUGCUAACACGAUAGAGAAUUUAACACAUAAAUUAAAAGUAUUAAAAGUAACAAAUGACACUCCAGAGAUUAAAAUUACAAAACACGUGAAAAAUGUUAGACCAUUUAUUGCAGCUUGCAUUGUUAAAAAUUUGAAAUUUACAGAAGACAGUUUUAAAAAAUUCAUUCAACUUCAAACUAAAUUACAUGAUGGAAUAUGUGAAAAAAGAAAUGCAGCUACUAUUGCUACACAUGAUGUAAAAUUAAUUACUCCUGGUGACCUGACAUAUACUGCAAAACUACCAAAUGAACUAGAAAUUAAACCACUAAUGCGUAAUCAAAUUUACACUGGUGCUUCAUUAUUUCAACAAUUACAAACAGAAGCUGAUAAUUUAAGAAAAGAAAAAAAGCGUAAUGUAUAUUCUGGAAUUCACAAGUACCUUUACCUGUUAGAAGGAAAACCUAUGUUCCCAUGUUUAUUGGAUUCUUCAGAACAAGUUAUUUCAUUCCCACCAAUAACAAAUAGUGAUGUUACAAAAAUGUCAGUUAAUACUGAUACGAUGCUAAUAGAGGUAACCAGUGCCACAUCUUAUCACGUUUGCAGAAACAUAUUGGACCAGUUUUUAAAGGAAUUAGUCAUCCAGGGUUUUGGAUGCCCCUCAGAUCAAGAAACUACAUCCACCUAUCACAAUUUAGUUGUAGAACAAGUAAAAGUAGUGGAUAUGGAAGGUAACAUGAAAUUGAUAUAUCCAUCAAGAGCAGAUUUAAAUUUUGAAGAAAAUUUAAUAACUGUGUUACGUGAGUAAAUAUAU